AUGAAUGAACCAGGAAUGGAUUCAAUAAUAUUAAUAGAUGACGGUCCAGAGAGUAUAACAUCACCCUACUCUUCCAAAAGAGAUCUCCAUUCAACUCAAAGUAAUAGUCACCCUGUUGUUUUACAAAAACCAUUGAUAAUCCCUAUAUUAUUAUGUCUAAUCAUCUCCUUUGGAGGGUUUAUCUUUGGUUGGGACGUGGGAACGAUUGGUGGUAUAAUCAAUAUGAAAUCAUUCAAAAAUCACUUUGGAACUAUAUAUAAUACAGAAUCAAUGGAAAUUGACUUCCCUGAUAUACUAACCGGUCUUAUCAUAUCAAUUUUUAACAUAGGUGGAGCUCUAGGUGGAAUAUUCCUAGCAAAACUUGGCGAUUACAUAGGAAGAAAAUUGGGAAUAACUUUAGCUACCACAAUUUAUAUGCUAGGAAUCUUCAUUCAAAUCAUCAAUGAUCAAGUAUGGUACCAAUUCAUGAUAGGAAGGGUUAUAUGUGGCUUAGGUGUUGGUUGUAAUGCUGUCUUAGUACCAAUGUUUAUAUCCGAAAGUGCUCCAAUUAACAUUAGGGGUGCAAUGGUGGUCCUCUUUCAGGUCCUAGUAACUUUUGGUAUCUUAGUAGGAAAUAUAACAAAUUUCUUCUGUGUAACAUACUUCAAUGACUCUAAUUACUCCUGGGGUAUUCCUACAACUCUAGGUUUGCUAUGGGCUGCCAUAUUAUUAGUUGGGCUAAUAUUUGUUCCAGAGUCAGCUGAAUAUUUAGCAAUCCAAAAAAUGAAUGAGGAUAGUGCCAGACUGUCAUUUGCUAAGAUGAAUGGUAUUUCCGUAUACCAUCAUAAAACCGAUGAUUUUCUUAACAAUAUGCAAGAUAAAUUAUUUUUAUCAACUCAAGAAAGGAUAAAUAGGAAAAAAUGGCAUGAAUUUAUUUCUGGAAGUCCCAAAUUGGGAUUACGUGUAUUGAUAGGCGUACUAUUAAUGGCAUUUCAACAACUGUCAGGUAUUAAUUACUUUUUUUAUUAUGGAACUAUGCUAUUUGGAAAAGCAGGUAUGAGUAAUCCUUAUACUGCGGCUAUGAUAUUGUCUAGUGUCAAUUUUUUAUCUACAUUUGCUGGCAUUUAUCUUGUUGAAUCAUGGGGGAGAAAAUUCUCUUUAUUUGUUGGCUCAAUAGGGAUGUUUAUUUGUAUGACGCUAUACUCAAGUAUUGGGAGUUUUUUUCUAAGCAAUGAGAAAGCAGUUUGGGGAAUGAUUAUAGUAACAUGCGCUUAUAUUGUUUUCUUUGCUACUACAUCUGGACCAGUCACAUUUGUUGUUGUUUCUGAAUUAUACCCCAUUAGAACUAGAGCACUAUCGAUGGCUCUUUGUUCUGCUACUAAUUGGAUAGUUAAUUUUUUUAUCUCUUUAUUAAUACCAGUAUUAACAAAAAAUAUGGAUUUUUUUCUAGGAUAUAUCUUUUCAUUCUUCUUAUUUAUAUCAAUAUUCUUUAUUUGGUUUAUGGUACCUGAAACUAAAGGAAAAAAUAACGAUCAAAUUGAUUUCAUGUUUAGUUCCAUUAAAAAUGAGUUAGUUGAUCCGUUAAAACCAGAUCGAUAUGGUAAUGAAUAUUACUAA